UUGUUAAUUUUUAAUACAGUUAAACUUCGAUAAGCUGCUACUUCGAUAAUCAGAUAUCCUUGAUAAGCGGAUAUUUUUUGGCACACACUCGAAUUUGUGUGAAGAAUUGCCCCGAUUAUCAGAUAUCCUCGAUUAACUGAUGCCCCGAUAAACGGUGGUGAAAUUCAUAUGAGAAACUGACCUCAAUAAGCUGAUAAACUGAAAAAUUUAAAAUCGGGGGUCUUCAGUUAUUCAGUUGCUCAAAAUUCAAAUUUAACGAUUGUUUUAUUUAAAUUCAUAUGAUUUCAGUCAACAAUCUCCGCAAUUAUAAAAUCUUCGCAAACAAUUGAAUCAACAAUUAUUUAUUUUGCGAUAACAGUUAAUUUAACGGAUUUUUAAAUUUUAAACCCGAAAUAAUUCUAAUGAAUACCCUCAAAUCCUUGAUAAUCAGAUAUCCUCGAUUAACAGAUAUUUUUUUGCGUCCCUUGAAAUAUCUGUUAAUCGAAGUUUAACUGUAAAUGAAAAUAAUUUAAUAUCAGUAAAAUUGAAUUUUAAAACCACUUUCAGUUUAAACU